GAUGUAUGUAUUUACUGUUUUGUUUUAAUUUUAAGUAACGUAUAAAAAUGGGUCAAAAACGUAAGAAUCGUAAUGAAAAAGAUGAUUUUGAAUACGAUCCACAUCCUAAACAUCUUCAAGUAGCUCACAUAAAAAAUCAAGAAAAGCGUUUGAUUAUUAUUCUGGAAAAAGCACAAUUGGAGUCUGUCAAAGUUGGAAACAGUUUUGAAUUAUUAAACUGCGAUGAUCAUGCAAGCAUUCUAAAGAAAAAUAACCGUGAACCUGGUUCGUGUAGACCAGAUAUUGCUCAUCAAUGUUUAUUAAUGUUAAUGGAUAGUCCAUUGAACAGAGCUGGACUUUUACAAGUAUAUAUUCAUACAGAGAAGAAUGUAUUGAUUGAAGUAAAUCCUCAAACAAGGAUACCAAGAACAUUUAAGCGUUUUGCGGGUCUUAUGGUGCAAUUGUUACACAAAUACAGCGUCCGUGCAUCCGAUGGACCAAUGAAACUGUUAAAAGUUAUUAAAAAUCCAGUCACAAAUCAUUUACCUGUUGGUUGUCGUAAGAUAACAAUGUCAUUCAGUGGAAACAAAGUACUGAAACCACGAGAAUUAGUACCUUCCGAAGAACCAAUUGCCAUUGUGGUAGGUGCAAUGGCACAUGGACAAGUACAAACGGACUAUACGGAAGACACUAUAUCUAUUAGUAAUUAUCCAUUAUCUGGAGCUUUAACAUGUAGUAAACUAUGUACUGCAUUCGAAGAAGUUUGGGGAAUAGUUUAAAUAUCACAUCGACUACUAUUUUUGUAUAAAACAAAGUUUGUUAAAUAUAAAAUAAAAGAAGAAAGAAAAAUGAAAUAA